AUGGCUGAGAACGUCGUCGGUCUAAACGUCCAGAAGGUCGUCGAGCCGGACGCGGACCAGGGCGUCCACCCCGAAAAGACGCACGAGGUCCAGACGUCAGACUCGCGGGCGUCGACGGAAGGGCACGGCCAUGCUCUCCUCGACGACGAGGCGUACCCGCCGCCGUCCGAGGAGGAGCGCCGGACGCUGCGCAAGGUCUACGACACCAUCCCCAUCGCCUCCUGGUCCCUCUGCAUGGUGGAGAUGGCCGAGCGCGCCUCCUACUACGGCGUCAAGGCCGCCUUCAACAACUACAUGCAGUUCCCCCUCCCGGAGGGCGGGCCCGGCACCGGCGCCAUCGACCCCAGCAAGCCCAACUCCCACGCCGGCGCGCUCAACCUCGGCAUCCAGGCCGCCUCGGCCUUGGGUCUCCUGUUUACCUUUCUGGCCUAUGUCCUCCCUAUCUUUGGCGCUUGGAUCGCCGACACCAAGAUCGGUCGUUACCAAGCGAUUGUAUGGGGUGUGAUAAUUGGCGGAGUCGCACACGUGAUCAUGAUCGGAGGAGCUGCACCGGCCCUCCUGCAGGCCGGGAAGGGCGUCGCGCCCUUCCUCGUCAGCUUCAUCCUCCUCGCUAUCGGGGCCGGCAUCUUCAAGCCAAACGUCGCCCCUUUGAUUAUCGAUCAGUAUCAGCAUCAACGGGAGUACACCAAGGUGCUCAAGUCUGGGGAGAAGGUCCUCGUCGACCCGGAGACGACUAUAAGCCACAUCAUGCUGGUUUUCUACGCCUUCAUUAACGUAGGCGCCUUCUUCUCUAUUGCUGUGGUGUACAUCGAGAAGUACCACAGCUUCUGGCUCGCCUACCUGGUGCCGGGAGUAGUAUACUUCCUCCUACCAGUGCUGUUGGCAGCUAUGUACAAGCGUACGGUUAGGAAGGCACCGCAGGGCUCCGACCUCACCCGCUUUAUCAAGAUCACGACCUCGGCGUUGAAGGCAAGCAAGGGGAACAUCUUCUCCAAGGAUCUCUGGUACAACGUGAAGCCCUCGACGCUGGCUGAGAGAAACAUACACGUCGGCUACUCAGAGAAGGACGUCGACGACACCGCCCGCACCUGGCAGGCAGUCCAGAUCUUCCUGUACAUACCUAUCUGGAACCUGAACGAUGGUGGUGUCGGUGCUGUGCAGAGCAACCAGGGCGCGAGUAUGAUUUCUGACGGCGCGCCGAAUGAUUUGUUGGGUCACUUUAACCCCCUGGUGAUCAUUGUCUUCUCCCCUUUCAUGGCCCACUUCGUGUACCCCCUUCUGGAGCGCAAGAAGAUCAAGUUUGGGCGCAUCAGCCGGAUGACAUUUGGGUUUGUCCUGGCCACUAUCUCGGGCGUCAUCGGAGCUAUUGUGCAGUACCGCGUAUACGCGACUAGCCCAUGCGGCUACUACGCCAGCAGCUGUGAUGAGGUGGCCCCCCUGUCCAUCUGGCUGCAGAUCCCCAACGUCGCCCUCGGCGCCAUGUCCGAGGUCUUCAUCAACGUCACGGCGUACGAGCUGGCCUACGCCCGCGCCCCGGAGCACAUGCGGGCCACGGUCGUGGCGCUCUUCCUCUUCAUGACGUCCCUGAGCAGCGCCCUGGGCCAGAUUCUGGUCCCGGCCAUCGCGGACCCCACACUGAUAUGGGCCUGGGCCGCGCCUGCGAUCGCGCUUGCGGUGCAGACUGUCAUUUUCUGGUGGAGGCACCGUAAGGUCAACGAUGAUGUCUUCAUGACCUAUGAGGAAGACUACCAGCCCAAGACCCCUGAGAACAAGCAGGCUGUGGAAGGUGAGAAGGAGAUCAAGGUGUGA